AUGGCUCCCAAGGGAAAGAAGGUCGAACGCAAGGAAGAAAACAUCUCUCUCGGACCCCAAAUUAGUGAAGGUCGGUCCAGUAUUCUUUUCCUACGAAUUUUUCGUUCCGAGGGAUGAGGCUAGAUGGGGGAAGCUUGUGAUGGCUAAUCCCGGGCCCUUUUGCACGAGAGAACAGGUGAACUUGUCUUCGGUGUCGCUCGCAUCUUCGCUUCUUUCAAUGACACUUUCGUCCAUGUUACCGAUCUCAGGUGUGUUUCGACCAAUCAACCAUGAAUUCUGAGGGCAUGUAUAUAUAUAUAUAUAUAUUAUAUAUAUACAAGAAGAAAGAUAUUACAAGGGGUAGAGGCUGACGCUUCAUUGAUCCUUUGAUCUUUUCUUCUUCCAGUGGACGGGAAACCAUUGUUCGUGUCACCGGAGGAAUGAAGGUCAAGGCCGAUCGUGACGAAUCUUCGCCAUACGCUGCUAUGCUGGCUGCUCAGGAUGUUGCAGCCCGUUGCAAGGAGGUUGGCGUUACUGCUUUGCACAUCAAGAUUCGUGCUACUGGAGGUUGGUUGGGAUCGUUCGAAAGGGGUCUUAGGGAUGGAAAUGUUGACGGUUUCGUUUUUUAGGCAAUGGAACCAAGACCCCCGGCCCUGGUGCUCAGUCUGCUCUCCGUGCUCUUGCUCGUGCUGGUAGGUCUUCACUUCUGCUGCCCCCUGACUUGGCCCGUAUCACUAAUGCUUCAUCAGGUAUGCGUAUCGGCCGUAUCGAGGAUGUUACCCCCACACCUUCCGACUCUACUCGCCGCAAGGGUGGUAGGCGCGGUCGUCGGCUGUGA